AUGUUGCUUCUAAUAUUUAAUCCAUAUAAGGGAUGGUUGGACCGGGCUUCCUACGAAUUUUGUAUUCUCACUUUUGGUGUUAAUCGUUUGUUUGUAGCUCGAAGCCUAAUUAUUGGACCUCAAUUAAUGACAAUGUUUCAAUGCUUCUGUUUCACUUCCCCAUUCCUUUUACUUUUUGCUUCUUCUUUUGUUUUAAUGGCUGCUAUUGCUAUAGACAGGUUUAUUUCUGUUGUUCUACCUAUCACGUAA